CGAGAGAAGUGCUUGGUGUGAAGUGCAGUUUCGAGAUACCCUUAAGAGACUACCGCCCAAGAUGACUCGUGUAGGAGCGAGAUGGCACGCUCUGAGAGCUAAGAUCCUCAACAUCCGCUUCGGCCUCGGUGCCGCAAAACUGCCUCCCAAUGUCACGAGGAUACACAUGGAGUUCGCCAGGCGCGUAGAUGGCGGCCACUUCGGACCCAAAAAAUUCUGGCGCGACAUGCUCCCCCGCCUGAAAUACUACAAUCCCGCCGUCCCAAUGAUCGUGAACCGCAAAAACAACAACGAAGGCGCAGCAAUCAUGUCCGUCUACUUCUCCACCUCAGGCGAACCCCUCGAACCCUCCACCCUCCCGCAACCCCCCUCCUCGGCAAUCGACAACUCCAAAGCGCCCGCGCCCCUCGAAGGCCUCGAGCGCGUCGUCAAGAUCGACAUGAAGAACAAGCACUCGGAAGAAAUCUACGAUCAGUUCUUACAAGAGACCAAGGCCGAGGCUGUGCUCCCCGGUCCCGAGGACGAGGCGGAUAUGAAGGCCGCCGAGGAGCUGAGGAUCAAGGGCGACAAGGACCGGAAGCGGGUGGCCAAGAUUCUCGAGGAGGAGAGGAGGGAGAAGGCUAUGCUUGCCAGGGCGCGCGCUGAGGCGAACUAAUGAUACUAAAAGGGGGCGGACGGGUGGAGCAGAAGAACAAAAACUUAUGUACGAGGGCGUGGAGAAGAAACCGAAAAAAGUGUAUGAAUAUCAUGUACAAAAUGUACCAAAAAGAAUCUCUGCAGAACGGGAAAUGCUCUGAGUUGUGC